GCAGUUCGCAGAGAUAUGAACACAUACUUCACCAUCCUGACAAUGGUGUCCAAGAAAAAGCGGCCACUGUCUCUUGACGUAGAAGUAACAGAAUCUGCAGGCAAAAAGAUGCGGUUGAAUGACAGUGGAGGCACGAGCCACAGUAUUACCUCAGUAGCCAGUAAGUCUUCCAGGACCAUUGUGGGUGGAUCACGGAGUAAGAAGUCAAAUGAUGCAAGGGACCCCAUUGUCAAAACUGAUGAUGAUGAUGUAGUCCAGACACAUCACACAAAUCAGUCAAAUGUUGAUAUUCCUGACUGGCCAGAAGCAGACCUAAUGGAACUCAUGAAGCGUAUGGAGAAAGAUAUUCCACAGAAAGACAGUCUUCGGUUUGACUCCCGUGCAGACAAACUCAACUGGGAUAAUGUAAGAUAUUUUUCUCUUCAGUACCACAUCCAGAAUGGCUUUUGGUUCCAUGCAUCCUUCUCUCUAGUGGGUCUGGAGGGCUCUUCCCUUGUUGGUACAGUGUAUGGGUAUCAGCCUAAUCAUCCUGUUACCAAGGUUAAGAAUGAAGCUUUGCCACCAUUGCUACUGAUUAGCUUUGGAGGCUAUUCAGCAGAGCAGUGUAAAGAAAUGUGGGGGAAGAUUCAGAAGAGACUGCGAAGAUUCCGGUUAUUGCGGGAAGUGCUCGAAGAUGCAAAAACCUGGGUUUCUAAACCAUGGACUAACUUCUAUCGCAGUCAGAAACAGAACCGACACCCUGAUCUGCCUAGACGACCUCUCUCAACAUACAUGCUCUUCUAUAUGGAGAAGAAAGACAGGGUUGCUAGAGAGAAUCCUGGAUUGGAGAUGACAGGUGUUUCAAAGUGCAUAGCUGAGAUGUACAAGAACCUGGCAGCCAAGAAGAAGCAGAAGUAUGUUGACAUGGCAGCUGCUCAGAGAAGAGAGUAUGAACAGAAAUUAGAAGAAUUCUACCGGGAACAUCCAAAUCUAAUUCCAAAGCCAGUGCCUUCCAAGGAACAUAAGCCAGGAACAGCAGUUGAUAUGGGACCACGGAAACCUACAACACCUUUCAAGCUGUUCUAUGCAGACAAGGAAAAUAGACAUAAGAACGAUCCAGACUUUGAUCGGACAGAGCUGCUUGAGAGAUGUAAGGAACAGUGGCGAAACAUGAGUGACAAGAAGAAGGUUGUUUGGAUUAACUGGGCACUUGAAGAGGAGACCAAGUACCAGGAGGAGCUGAAGGUAUACAUGUCUGAGAAUCCCAACUUUGUUCCCACAAAUGUGAAGGCUGUUCUGACCAAGGAAGAAAAGAAUCUCAAAGAGAGGGUGGCAGGCAAACCUGAAAAGCCCCCUAAUUCUGGGUACAGCUUGUUCUCGCGUAUCAUGUUGGUGAGUCCAGAAAUAAAGCAAGUGGCUGCAAAGGAACGUAUGAGCCAAAUCUCAAAGCUAUGGAAAUCUAUGACAGAGACUGAGAAGAAGAAGUACCAAGAACAAGUAAACCAUAUGCUGGAUCAGUAUAAAUUGGAGUAUGCAACAUACCUAGAGUCACUUCCUGAAGAUAAGCGACAAGAAGAGCUGCAAAACAAUCAACCCAAACGGAAAUCUAAUACAGUCAAGCCAAUUCCAUACAGACCUGUCAGCAAGAAUGUUAAGCCAUUGAUGUCACCUUUUGAGGGUGCAAAGAAGAAAGUAAAGGAAGUGUCUGAAGAAAAGCCUUUGUAUAAAGGAGAACCAGAACCUCCACCUGUUGAAUUGUUCCUGAAAACAUUCAUGACAGAUGCAUCACACAUUGACCCUGAAUAUAGAGAAAGUGAAGCUCCAAGGUACUGGCAGAUGCUGCCCGAUGCAGACAAAGCGAAGCAUCGAAAGCGAUUGAAUGACAUCAAACAGAAAUACAUCAAAGAUUAUGAAAAGUUUCUUAAGAGCCUGUCACAAGAGCAGUUGAAGGACUACUCUCUGCAGAAGGCAAACUUCAAGAAGGAAGAAGAGGACACCUCUGAUGAAUCAGACACUGAGGAGGAAGAAGAAGAGGAGGAGGAUGAUAAUGAUGAAGACAGUAGUGCAGAUGGUAAAGAUGGGAAUUCAGGAAACCAGCAGGGAUCUAGUUCUGAUGAUGACUCCUCAUCAGAUAGUGGUAGUGACUCAAAUGACUCCAGUGACUCAAGUGACUCAGGAGAUAACAAUGAGAAUAAUGAUACUGGUGAUUCAUCAUCAAGUGACUCAGACUCCGGUUGAAUGGUUUUGAAUAACCGUUGUUAAACUGAAUGGACAAGCUGAGUUUCACAUCAUUAGGUAAAUACAAACUCACAUCAUCACCAACAGCAUAUGGCCAUGUUUGAUUCCAUUAUCUUUUAAGAUUAAUUUAAAGUUGGUCACUGCAGCAUUUCUUGGUACAUCUGAUGUUUCCUCAGGCUGUAGGUUUAUAUUGCUGUAUUUUGAGAGGUACACGAUUGAAUCAACAACAAAAAAAGGUUUACCAUCUGUUAUGUCUAUGAUAUUUGUAACAUUAAGUUCUUGACGAAUCUCUUCGUUGUGUUUAUCAUGUAAUAAAGUGUAGCUUCCUCAUGG